CAGGACAAAUGAAUCCUCGUCAUUUAAUGAGUACGUUCUUACGUGGUACGAACAAUAUAUAGUCGAAAUUGCAUGAAAUUCCAUGAAAAUCUGCCAGAUAUCGGUCGUCGAGGUGCGCAUUUAUGAAAACACGACUUUUAGAGAGUUGCGAGUUGUGAUAUCUGACUAUACUGAACGUCGUGUAAAUGGCGAAAUAUAUACGACGGUAAUAGGGUAAAGUGAGAUCUUAUUGUUCGGUGAAGUGCUUUGUUGGUCCGUUAGUGCGAUAAAUUUUUCGUGUCGCUGACGGACCAAGCACGACGAUAUUGUUACGUUGUUUUUCGCAGUGGAAAACGACACGUCUUUGGAAGGAUGGCGACCUGACCCCUUCCAAAUAAUGGAAUACUGUGCACAACGGUACGUUUCUCUGUAUUGUCAGUUUGAAUUAUAUUCUAUUGGUGCUAUUAAACCUACAAGAUGGCUGAUGUUGAUCCUGAAACUUUAUUGGAGUGGCUUAAUAUGGGCCAAGGAGAUGAAAGAGAUAUGCAACUAAUUGCAUUAGAACAAUUAUGUAUGUUGUUGCUUAUGUCUGAUAAUGUUGACCGAUGCUUCGAAUGCUGUCCUCCACGCACAUUUCUUCCCGCAUUAUGUAGAAUCUUUUUGGAUCAACUUGCACCAGAUAGCGUUUUAGAAGUCACUGCUCGAGCCAUCACAUAUUAUUUUGACCUCUCACCAGAAUGUAUACGCAGAGUAAUAGCUAUGGAAGGUGCUGUAAGGGGUAUCUGCAGUCGCUUGUCUGGAGCUGGAUUUGGUUCCAGGACUAGUCGGGAUUUAGCUGAACAGUGUAUAAAGGCAUUGGAGCUUGUUUGCGCAAGGGAAGCUGGCGCUGUACUCGAAGCAGGUGGUCUGCCAUGUGCUUUAUGUUUUAUUCGAGAACAUGGCGCUCUUGUUCAUCGGGAUACGCUUCAUUCGGCAAUGGCAGUUGUCACCCGUUUAUGCGGGAAAGUAGAACCGCAAGAUAAAUCUUUACCGGAUUGCAUCGAAGCGCUAUCAAUGUUACUCAGACAUGAAGAUGCACAUGUUGCUGAUGGAGCACUUCGUUGUUUUGCAUCAUUGGCUGAUAGAUUUUCAAGGAGAAAUACAGAUCCUGCUCCUUUAGCCACUCAUGGACUAGUUUCUGAACUUUUAUAUAGGUUAUCAAAUGCAGCAGGACCUGGUACAUCCAUAGCAGCUACUUCUGGAAAUCCAAAAACGCCCCCACCAUCUAGUACAACGUCAACAAUACCUGCCCCAGAAGCAAACUCUUGUGCUUCUGUUUCCACUAUAAUUAGUCUUUUAUCAACACUUUGUAGAGGAUCACCUUCUAUAACUCAUGAUCUCUUACGUUCUGAGCUACCAGAUGCAAUCGAAAAAGCUUUAAAAGGAGAUGAGCGAUGUGCUCUUGAUUCUAUGCGAUUAGUUGAUUUGUUAUUGGUACUGUUGUUCGAAGGCAGAUCAGCAUUAGGACGUAACACCAGCGGCGGUUCAUCGGGUCCUUUAUUACCGCGAUUCAGACGCCCAGAAAGUGCUGGAGAAAAAUCACACAGGCAAUUAAUUGAUUGUAUUCGAUCAAAAGACACAGAUGCAUUGAUAGAAGCUAUUGAUUCUGGGGGAAUUGGAGUCAAUUUUAUGGACGACGUUGGACAAACAUUGCUUAAUUGGGCGUCUGCCUUUGGAACGCAAGAAAUGGUUGAAUUUUUAUGUGAUAGAGGAGCCGAUGUUAAUAAGGGUCAAAGAUCGUCUAGUCUGCAUUAUGCUGCUUGUUUCGGAAGACCAGCUAUCGCUAAAGUAUUACUUAGACACGGAGCAAAUCCUGAUUUACGAGAUGAAGAUGGCAAAACGCCGUUAGACAAAGCCAGAGAACGCGUAGAUGAAGGACACCGAGAAGUUGCAGCUAUAUUACAAUCUCCUGGAGAAUGGAUGUUACCGAAUCAAGAGCAUAGAAAACCAGAGACAGAAACCGAAUUCACAGAACCAAAAGGUGAUCCUGAAAUGGCUCCAGUUUAUUUGAAAAGGCUUUUACCGGUAUUCUGUGCGACAUUUCAAUCGUCUAUGUUGCCCAGCGUUAGAAAAGCCAGUUUAAGUUUAAUUAGGAAAAUGGUGCACUACAUUCAACCCGAGUUACUCGUUGAAACGUGCGGUUCCGAUAGAACAGGAAGUUGCGGUGCUAUGCUGGUGGAAGUAAUUGCCAGUGUUUUGGAUAACGAGGAGGAUGAAGAUGGACACUUAGUGGUUUUACAAAUGAUACAAGAUUUGAUGAUAAAAGGCAAAGAUGAGUUUCUAGAACAUUUUGCUCGUUUGGGAGUAUUUUCAAAAGUUGCUGCACUAGUCGGACCACAAGAAACUACCCCAGAGCCAGAAGCAGAAUCAAAUCAAUCUGAAGAGCAAAGGAUGGAAGAUGCUAUAGAACUUUUAAUUGGAAGAGCUUAUCACUGGGGAGAUUGGUGUAUUUGUAGAGGACGUGACUGCCUAUAUGUUUGGUCAUACGCAGCUGCUCUAGAAUUGUCAAAUGGAAGCAAUGGAUGGUUUAGGUUUAUACUCGAUGGGAAAUUAGCAACAAUGUAUUCCAGUGGAAGUCCAGAGGGAGGAACAGAUACUUCAGGAAAAGGGCGGAACACAGAGUCGCUUACUACUGAAGAGAACCGUGGCGAAUUUUUGGAGAAAUUACAAAGAGUACGUAGCCAAGUGAAACCAAAUUCUGUGAGUCAGCCUGUAUUGUCACGGCCUGGUACAGCUCGGUUAGUUGUAGGAAACUGGGCAUUAUCCAGUACGAAAGAAAGCGAAUUAUGUAUACAUAAUUGUGACGGUCAGCAGCAAGCAACUAUUUUAAGAGAAGAUUUGCCAGGAUUUAUUUUUGAAUCAAAUCGAGGUACAAAGCAUUCCUUUACAGCAGAAACAAGUUUGGGUCCAGAAUUUGUAUCAGGUUGGGCCGGCAAAAGAGGGAAACGAUUAAGAUCAAAAAUUGAAGCUAUCAAACAGAAAGUUAAAGUACAAGCUCAAGAUAUUUAUGAAUGUUAUUUUAAAGCCGCUCAGGCUCAGCCACGUGGGGUAGUUGCUAAACUGGGCGCUAUUGUUAAUCAAAUAGAAAAAGCUUGCCAAAAGCAACAAUCAGGUAAUCGUGAGUGGCGCAACAUAUUACAAAGUGCAUUAGACGAACUUAAAGCUUUAUUAAAUGAAGAAGGAAGGGUUUCCGCCUACGAGCUGCACUCCAGCGGUCUCGUGCAAACUCUGCUCGCAUUAUUGGCGGCCCCUCCAGGUCCUCAACCACCAACAUUACGAGCAACGAAGCUUAGAAUGCAAAGAAUAGCAGUAUUCAAAAAUUGCUUUCAUUCGAAAGACGCCAAUAAAGAACAUAAUUCCGCUAAAAUUCUAGUCCACAAGUUGGUUUCAGUAUUGGAAUCUAUCGAAAAAUUACCUGUUUACUUAUACGAUACACCGGGCUCAGGCUACGGUUUACAAAUUUUAACUAGGCGGUUACGUUUUCGAUUAGAGAAAGCAACCGGUGAAAGUUCUUUGAUAGAUAGAUCUGGCCGGAGUUUGAAAAUGGAACCUUUGAGCACCAUACAACAAUUAGAGAGUCAUUUAUUAAAAAUGGUAGCGAAACAAUGGCACGAUCAUGAUAGAUCAACGUUCACGUUUGUUAAAAAACUGAAGGAGGGCAAUAGAAUAACUUUCAAAUACCAGUCUGAUUUCGAUGAAAAUGGUCUACUAUAUUGGAUCGGUACAAAUGCGAAAACUUGCUCCGAAUGGGUGAAUCCUGGUCAAUAUGGUUUGGUCGUGGUUACAUCGAGUAAUGGAAAAAAUUUACCUUACGGUCAUCUAGAAGAUAUUUUAAGUCGCGACCCGUCCGCCUUGAAUUGUCAUACAAACGACGACAGACGUGCCUGGUUCUCAAUCGAUUUAGGAGUCUGGAUUAUUCCAAGUGCUUAUACGUUAAGACACGCGCGAGGCUACGGCAGAAGUGCCUUGCGAAAUUGGAUGUUCCAGGCAUCGAAAGAUGGUGUAACUUGGACCACGUUGUACGCGCAUGUAGACGAUCCAUCAUUGAACGAACCUGGUAGCACAGCUACUUGGACAUUAGAACCACCAGCCGAUGAAACGCAAGGAUGGCGGCAUUUGCGAUUGCAGCAAAUCGGGAAAAACGCAUCUGGACAAACACAUUACUUAUCCGUAUCUGGAUUUGAGGUUUACGGCGAAGUUACCGGAGUUUGUGAAGAUUUAGGACGCGCUGCUAGAGAGGCUGAAGCUGGUGUUCGAAAACAGCGAAGACUGAUUAAGUCUCAAGUUCUUCGUCAUUUAGUUGCCGGUGCUAGGGUAGCCAGAGGUUUGGAUUGGAAAUGGAGGGAUCAGGAUGGUGUUCCACCAGGUGAAGGUACCGUGACAGGAGAAUUGCAUAACGGUUGGAUAGAUGUAACGUGGGAUCAUGGCGGUUCCAAUUCUUAUAGAAUGGGCGCAGAGGGAAAAUAUGAUCUGAGAUUGGUUGGAAGUGGCCUUGAUACAGAUAGCGGUUCCAAAAAUAAAAGUGGUGGUGGAGUUCUACCUGGACGAAAAUCGAGUAGCACCCCUAGUUUACCAGAUUGUACUGACACUGCGAUGCGUGGAUCGGUAGCUUCAACGGAUCAAGCAGCAAGUGCUGAUAACCUGGCAGCUAAGCAAGCCGCUGAAUCGAUAGCAGAAAGUGUGCUAUCGGUUGCUCGUGCCGAGGCGGUUGUCGCUGUAACCGGCGAGGGCGGAGCAAAUUCAACAGGCGAAUUGUCCGUCGUAUUACAUCCCAGGCCUGACACUACCGUGACAAGUGAUCUGGCAACCAUUGUUGAAACUAUUGCUCUUAACACUGAUUGUCCUGCCAACAGUAACAGCAAUCGUGCAUCUAGUAGUUCAAAGCCAUUUUUUCCUACUGUGCGAGGAAAUAAGCCAGCGGCCGGUCUAUUGAGUCUCGAAGCUGCUGAAGUGUUAGACCGCGUCAGGGAAGGAGCUGACAGAUUACGUAACAACACUAAUAGCUUCCUGAGCGGAGAAUUACUUAGUUUAGUGCCUGUUAGAAUCAGCGUGGCGGGCGAAUUAGAAGAGAAUUCAUUGAGAAUAAAGUCUGUUCAAAGGCAUCAUUCAGGAAUUACAGAUGCUACCAAAGAAUGUAGUCGGGACAAAGAAGCUAGCUCAUCUACGCAAAAUACUGCAGGAGGAUGUCCUGUUGUUGUUACCAAUCCCAUGUCUGUGUCUGUCCCCAAUCUUGCUUGUUCUGACGCUAACAAUACGUUGGAACCAACAGCUGCAACUGGUUUAUUGGAAACGUUUGCUGCAAUGGCUCGAAGGCGAACUUUGGGACCUACAGGUGGACAACAUAUUGCUUCUAAUUCUAAUACUGGUUCAAAUUCCCGUGGACCUAAUUCCGUAUCGAGUUUAGUUCGACUUGCCCUAAGUCCCAAUUUUCCUGGCGGUUUACUUAGCACAGCCCAAAGUUAUCCAAGUUUAACCAGUAGUGGUCAAGUAGCUGGUAGUGGUGUCACGACGACUACUGGGCCCGGCUUAGGACAAGCACUUACAAUGUCGUUGACUAGUACAAGUAGUGAUAGUGAACAGUUGUGGCUACAGGUCAGUCUUGAAGACUUUUUGGAAUCUUGUGGAGGUGUUGCAAGUUCUAGCGUUGGUGGAGGUAGAACAACAGGUGGACCAACUCUUUUGACCGAAUUAGAAGAUGACGAAGAUGGUGUACUUGAAGAAGAAGAGGAUAACGAUGAGAAUGAUCAAGAGGAAGAUGACGAAGAAAAUGAGGAAGAAGGAGAUGGUUGUGAUGCUGAUUAUGAAGAAGUAAUGGUGAGCCGUAACCUCCUAGCAGCUUUCAUGGAAGAAGAAAGCAGCAAGAGACGUGCUUGGGAUGACGAGUUUGUUCUUAAACGUCAAUUCUCCGCAUUGAUACCAGCCUUUGAUCCUCGACCUGGGCGAACAAACAUUAAUCAGACAACAGAUUUGGAAAUUCCACCGCCUGGUAGCGAGACUCAAUCGAGUACGCGUUCAGGAUCAUUGUCAAUGCCAAGGCUUUCCUUGACAUUAAAAGGACCAGGACUCCCAGGAGUGCCAGAUGUUGAAUUGCCGCUUACGGAACCGCAUGCUAGUAUUUUCAAAACAGUACAAGAAUUAAUGCAACUAACUGAAUUAGGCAGCCGACAGGAUAAAUUAAGGAGAAUAUGGGAACCAACUUACACUAUAAUAUAUAAAGAAGCUAAAGACGAAGAAUCAUCCGGAAGAGCUACGCCAAUUGUAACGUUAUAUUCCCGAAAUACCACUCAAAACUCUUCAGUGUGUACCGUAGAAGAUGUUCUACAGCUUUUGAGGCACGUUUAUGUGUUAAGCACUACCCGCGAAGAUGGUAAACAAAUUGAUUACGAACAGGAGGAAUCUCUGUGCUGGGUACAGCCAGAAGACUUCACAUCGAAGAAGAUCACAAAUAAGAUAGUACAACAAAUUCAAGAUCCCUUAGCACUAGCUGCUGGAGCUUUGCCAAAUUGGUGCGAAGAAUUGGCAAGGAGUUGUCCAUUUUUGUUACCAUUUGAAACCAGACGACUAUACUUCAGUUGUACCGCCUUUGGGGCAUCCCGAUCUAUCGUAUGGCUUCAAACGCAGAGAGACGCUGUUCUUGAAAGACAAAGAACACCUGGUUUAAGUCCACGUCGUGACGACAUUCACGAAUUCCGCGUGGGUAGGCUUAAACAUGAACGAGUCAGUGUACCUAGGGGAGAGAAAUUAUUAGACUGGGCAGAGCAAGUGAUGAAAGUACAUGCAAGUCGAAAGAGUAUAUUAGAAGUUGAAUUCAUUGGCGAAGAAGGAACAGGUCUUGGACCAACAUUAGAGUUUUUCGCGUUGGUUGCUGCCGAAUUACAGCGUAAGGACCUGGGUUUAUGGCUGUGCGACGACGAAGAAACACCCGAGACAGAACAAUCACAUGUUUCCGGAGAACAAAUUCGACCCGCAGGAUAUUACGUAACCCGACCAAGCGGAUUAUUCCCGGCUCCUUUGCCACAAGAUUCCACAGUUUGUGAUCGUGCUGUCAGAUACUUCUGGUUCUUAGGUGUAUUCCUAGCAAAAGUUUUGCAAGAUAAUAGAUUAGUAGAUUUACCGUUGUCUCGACCUUUCCUAAAAUUAAUGUGCCACGGGGACACUACAAACAACGUGAACGAAAAAAUUGGUCUCAGCGGUAUUACUCAAGAAAGUAUGUCAUCAAGUAUGUCAAGUAGCUUUAUAUCAGAAGAAGGUGAAGCAGAUGUAACGUAUUCUUCGUUAGAACCUCCUCCAUGGUAUUCCGGAUUGUUAGAUAUUGAAGACCUUGUACUAGUUGACCCGGUACGAGGAGAAUUUUUAAGGGAAAUUCAAAAUUCGAUUACUAAGCGUGAUAGAACGCUUUCAGAUAGUCAUAAUACCACCGACGAAGAAACGUCGUUAAAUAUUACCCAUCCAUCUGGAAUGUCAGUGCCUAUUGAAGAUUUGGCAUUAACGAUGACGUAUUCUCCGAGUUCAAAAGUAUUUGGAUACGAUCACGUUGAACUAAUGGAAGGAUCUGCAGAAACUCUAGUUACUAUGCAAAACGCAAAAGAGUACGCGGAGAUGACAAUUAAUUAUUGUCUCGAUCGAGGAAUCUCUAGACAACUGGAAUCGUUUAAAUCAGGUUUUUCAAAAGUCUUCCCAAUGGAAAAACUUCAUGCUUUCAGCCCAGAAGAAGUGAGAGCUAUGCUUUGUGGAGAACAAAACCCACAGUGGACCAGAGAAGACUUGCUCAAUUAUACUGAGCCAAAACUUGGGUACACGAGAGAAAGUCCUGGUUUCCAAAGAUUUGUCAAUGUUUUGCUGUCAUUGACUGGUCCGGAAAGAAAAGCUUUCUUGCAAUUUGCUACUGGAUGUUCAGCUUUACCUCCUGGAGGGUUAUGUAAUUUACACCCUAGAUUGACCGUCGUGCGGAAAGUAGAUGCUGGAUCAGGUGGUUAUCCCUCUGUUAACACCUGUGUUCAUUAUUUAAAAUUGCCAGAGUAUCCUACCGAAGAAAUACUUAAAGAAAGACUUUUAGCCGCGACUAGAGAGAGAGGAUUUCACUUAAAUUAAGCUCGGGCGAAGAACUGUUACGAUAAUAUUGUCAGAAAUACUUGCGCUUAAAACGUGUGACUUGAACUUUGCUUGAUCGAAUCGUACAACUUAAUGUAUAAAAGCAAAGUUUGGCCUUGAUGUCACUUGAAUAACCUAAAAAUGUAGUCUAAUAGGAAAUCAGUACAGGUUUAAACGAACGAUUUAAUUACAUGACCUGGAACGGAAUCGUGUAUGAUAUUUAAAUAAAUCAGUAAGAAUUUUCAUUGUAUUACGAAUAUUUAAGUAUAAAAUAAUAUCACGUCAAAGCUAUUGUCAAAGUUGCCCAUUUCAAUGGAAAUCUGUAAUGUAACAAGUACCAUCAAAUUAUGUUGCUUUACAACCUGUGUAUUUAAAAUUUUUUUGUAGUGAAUUUUUUAAAAUCACAAAAAUUUACUACAAAACUGUAAUAUAUAUACAUAUAUAUUUAAUAACAAACUAAUAAAAGAGUUAUGCUGUUACGUAUUCUCGUGGGCUAUCCGUUCCAGGUAUUAAUCAUAAAUAUAAUUACGAAUUUGUCCAAUACAAUAGAAAUUGUAUUUUCUCAAGAACUGUAAUUUAUGCGAGUGUUUUCAAGUAUAUUUACUGUCCUCGUGGAACAAAAACUUUACAGUUCCUCAUUUUAGAACGAAUGUUCGUACUGUCUCCUUUGUGAAAUAUUGUUGUGCUUGAAAGUGAUCCAUAUGAA